AUUACUUCUAUACUUCAUUCAGGGUACCAAAUAGCUGGGUAACCGAGAUACAUAUUCAUCUUUAUUUUCUGCAGGAAUGGACAAAAUCAUUUUCUAGUGACACCCAUCAAAUAUGUCGGACCAUCUAGGAACUAUGGUUACACCUACCAACCUCACCACCAUCAGUGAUCCCUUCCAAGGACCUGACAUCGUCCUCGUCAUCGUCUUGUCGCUGAUAGCGCUAUGUGGGGCCUUUGGCAACGCUCUCGUCGUCGUUGCCAUCUACAAGACGCGCGCUCUUCACACCGUCACUAACUAUUUCAUCGUCAGCCUGGCCUGUGCUGACUUGUUCGUCAGUACUUGUAUCAUGCCUUUCGCCGUUGUCACCCAGAGUUUGAACGGACGUUGGUUGUUUGGACAGGUCUUCUGUUCUAUCUGGUCCUCACUGGACAUCCUCUGCUGCACGGCAUCAACGCUUAAUCUCUGCGCAGUCAGCGUAGACCGUUAUAUCGCCAUUACGUCACCGCUGAAAUAUCACAUCUCAAUGACGAGAGGAAGGGCGUUGGCAAUAAUUUGUGUCGUGUGGUUGUUUUCCAUGUUUCUGGCGACCACGCAGCUGAUUUGGAAACAGAUUAUUGGACAGACGAGCGAGGUGAUGCCUGGAUUUGAGAUAUGUCCAUACGCACUCGAUAAAACAUUCCGAAUGUACGCCGCAUCGUCAUCGUUCUUCAUACCUCUCACCAUCGUCAUCAUUCUUUACGCGCGCAUCUUCCGCGUUGCGUACAAACAAGCUCGUCAGAUCAACGCGACGCACGACCAGCUUCAAACGUCGCAUCCGUCACGUUCCCAAAUAGGCAGGCAGGAAUCAAUCGCAAAUGGCAACAACAACGCACCGUCGAACACAUUAUCAAAUCAGUUGCGCAAAGCGUCAAGAAUGUCCAUGGAGUUUGGAAUCGCGUCGCGGGAAGUUUACCCGCAUCGACAAUCACGCGAAACGAAAGCCUUCAAAACCGUCGCAGCUGUGCUCGGCGCCUUUAUUAUCUGUUGGAUACCGUUUGCUGUGACGUUUGUAGUGGAAGCUUACUGUUCAAAGUGUAAUCUGCCAGUUAAAAUGAUGGAUACUUUCUUAUGGCUUGGUUACGUCAACAGCGUCGUGAAUCCCAUUAUAUAUGCGUUCUUUAAUCGGACCUUUCGCACCUCAUUCAUUCGAGUACUGGGUCUGCAAAGUCGCACGAGUUGUUGUGGGCACACAUUUGAUGAAGACGAUUAUAGGUCGACGAUGAUGGCCUAGUUUUCAAAACAUCGUCUAAAUCGGUCAUAAUGUGAGGGAAAGUGUUUAAGAAGAUUGGAAUGUGACUUGCAGCAAAUAUCCUACAUCAGAUAUUGUAGGACUGAUGUUCGAAUUCACGAUGGUAGGUGGAAGGUAGUCAACGAGAACACAGUAAGGAUUAUUCUAAGGUGAUGGCGUCCUUAUUUCGACAGCACAAGGGUCGACAAACCUCUGUAUCAUGAUUGUAAGACAACAUCUAACAAUUUGGUAUAACGAAUAAUUAUUGGACAACGGCACGCCCUCAGGAACUGUGAUGUCCUUCAGGUGGACGUUUCAUGAAGCUGUUCGUACGAUAAGAGCGACUUUAAGGACUGAUGAUCCUUUCUUU